UUCAUCUCGCAUUUUGUGUCACGGUGCCACCGGGCGAGAAGCGACACACUGCUGCUGCUGCUGCUGUGCGUCAGGGGGGGAUAUACCCGUCACCAUCCUUUACGGUCAAAGCGACAUCCCUCCGUGGGCAAUGACAUUUGCAGAUUGAAGUGGGAAAUUCAAGAUCACAACAGCAAAAAUGACGGUGGACUUUGAAGAAUGUAUAAAAGAUUCGCCCAGAUUCAGGGCCGGAAUCGAUGAUGUGGAGACAGACGUGGUGGAAAUCGAGGCGAAGCUAGACAAGCUGGUGAAGCUGUGCAGCGGGAUGAUCGAGGCCGGCAGGGUCUAUGUCAGCGCCAAUAAACUCUUUGUGAACGGCAUCAGAGAUCUGUCCCACCAGUGCAAGAAGGAGGAGAUGAUAUCGGAAUGCCUUGAAAAGUGUGGAGAAAGCCUCCAGGAGAUUGUCAACUAUCAAACGAUUUUGUUUGACCAGGCUCAGAGGUCGAUCAAACAGCAGCUUCAUACCUUCAUUAAGGAGGAUAUCCGUAAGUUCAAGGACACCAAGAAGCAGUUUGACCGCGUGCGCGAGGACAUGGAGCUGGCUCAAGUGAAGAACGCUCAGGCACCGAGGAACAAGGUGCACGAAGCAGAGGAGGCCACGCAGGCUCUCAUCCUCAGCCGCAAAGCCUUCAGGCACCUCGCCCUGGACUAUGUGCUGCAGAUUAAUGUCCUUCAAGCUAAGAAGAAGUUUGAAAUCCUUGACGCAAUGCUGUCCUUCAUGCGAGCCCAGUAUACUUUGUUCAAGCAAGGCUUCAACAUUUUAGAUGAGAUUGACCCCUACAUGAAAAAGCUGGCUGCACAGUUGGACCAGCUGGUGAUCGACUCUGCCAUGGAGAAGAGGGAGCUGGAGCACAAACACGCUCUCAUCCAGCAGAGGACUCUGAUGCAGGAUUUUUCCUACGAUGAUCCCAAGCUUGAAUUCAAUGUGGAUGCACCCAAUGGGGUCGUCAUGGAGGGCUAUCUGUUCAAGAGAGCCAGCAAUGCUUUCAAAACUUGGAACAGGCGGUGGUUUUCAAUCCAAAACAGCCAGCUGGUCUACCAAAAAAAAUUCAAGGAUUCUCUGACGGUGGUGGUUGAGGAUCUGAGGCUGUGCUCAGUCAAAACAUGUGAAGACAACGAGAGGAGAUUCUGCUUUGAGGUGGUUUCGCCCACAAAGAGCUGCAUGAUGCAAGCAGAGUCUGAGAAGCUGCGGCAGGCUUGGAUCCAGGCGGUCCAGGCAAGCAUCGCUUCUGCUUACAAAGACAUCGGCGACAACUAUUACAUUGAGCGUUUGGACCGGACGGCUUCGCCGUCCACCAGCAGCAUUGACUCUGCCAGCGAGCCCCGGGACAGGGGGGAGAGGGCGGACAAGGCGUGCCGGAGCGGCGGAGAGUCUCUCCUGCAGCGGGUGCAGAGCCUGCCAGGCAACGAGCUCUGCAGCGACUGCGGCCAGGCGGCUCCUUGCUGGGCAUCAAUCAACCUGGGCGUGCUGCUUUGCAUCGAGUGCUCGGGAAUCCAUAGGAGUUUAGGCGUCCAUUUCUCUAAAGUGCGCUCGUUGACGUUGGACUCGUGGGAGCCAGAAUUACUCAAGCUCAUGUGUGAGUUGGGAAACACUGUGAUCAACAACAUUUACGAGAGAGCCUGCGAGGAACUCGGAGUUAAAAAACCGGGACCGUCUAGCUCAAGGCAGGAGAAAGAGGCCUGGAUCAAGUUUAAGUAUGUUGAGAAGCGCUUCCUGAAGAAGCUGAGUGGGAGUGAGGCGCUGGUGGAGGGAGAGAGGAAGUCACGCCCCUGGAUGGUGAAGAAAUGCCAGCGACACAGCAGCUCUGUGCGGGCCCCCAACAAGGCCCGCAGGAAGUACCAUCGCUAUGAGCCUGGCAGCGCCUCUCCUGCCAACCUCACAGCAGCCGCCGCAGCAAAAUUUCGACGGGACUCCCUGUUCUGCCCAGACGAGCUGGACUCACUGUUUUCCUACUUUGACACCGGCUCUGGUCCUCGCAGUCUCAGCAGCGACAGCGGCCUGGGAGGAAGCACAGACGGCAGCACCGACAUUCUUGUGUUUGGCAGUGUGACGGAGGAAGAAGAGGAGUCGGAGGAGUCCUCCAGCGGGGAAGUGGAGAUCGAACAGGAGGGGUCUUCGGAUCCCGAGGAUCCCAGGGAGUUGCAUCCUGGGGCACUGCUCUAUCGCUCCUCUCGUCUCCACAAUUUGCCCCUCAUGGCAGAGGCACUGGCGCACGGUGCUGAUGUGCACGCUACCAACGAAGAAGAGGAGGGAAAAACGGCCCUCAUUCAGGCUGUGGUCGGGGGCUCUUUAAUCGCUUGUGAGUUCUUGCUACAGAACGGAGCUGAUGUGAACCAGAGAGACAUGAGAGGCAGGGGCCCGCUUCACCACGCGACCUACAUGGGCCACACUGGACAGGUGUGUUUGUUUCUGAAGAGAGGAGCAUCGCAGACGGAAGUGGACGAGCAGGGUAACGAUCCCCUCAGCAUCGCUGUUCAGGCUGCCAACGCAGACAUCGUCACGCUGUUGCGACUGGCGCGGAUGAACGAGGAGAUGCGCGAGGCGGAGGCUCCACUGGGUCAACCAGGGGUUUCCACAGGCAGCAGGAAAGAUAAACACAAGGAUGUUCGGGAUAAAGUGACAUCUCCAGCGCUGAUGUCUUUCGCGAGUUUUCUGUCCUUGCGUCUCUCCAGCCCGAGAAGCUGAGGAGAAGAAGCAUACAAUUCAGCCUUUGUCAGAAGCCGUAAUGACCGACAGACCACCUCUUCGUUGCCCGUUCUUUAGUUCAUAUGUGUUAUAAUAGAAGCAGUUAUAAUCUCUGUGCUGGACUAUAAUAUGAUUACUGCAUGUUUUAUUACUUAAACUGCUGGAAAGGCUUAACCUUCAUUCCUUGACUCCUGCUUUUCUAGUAAGAUAGCUCAUCAUAGAUUGCUAAAUAUUUAAAGGACUCAAGAGGCAAUAAAUCUUAGCUUCUGCAUUGUAUUCUGCACUCUCAGUAUAUGGAAGUGCAUCUCUAAUCUUUGGCAUCUCACUUCCUAUAUUAAUUUAUUAAUUUGUUUUUUUCUCUGUUUUGCAAAUUAAUUAGCACACUAAUGAAAUGGCUGGGGAUUUUUUUUCUUUUGUUAUCAGCAAUAAGUUAAGUUUGUGCUCAAACGUGACACUGUCUCGUACUUCAAAGAAAAACAACGGUGAAGGAUGCCAUGAUGUUUCAGCUUUGCAUUUUUUCUCGAUGAGAUUAAGUUUGGUUGUUGGUCACGCCAAAAUCUCAAGUCUAUGCCAAGGAAUUGGAAUGAUGCUAAAAAGUUUAUUUAUUUCAGUUAUAGAAAAAUGGAGAGAUUAUGAUGAUGAUGGCUUACAGAUAAUGAAACCCAGAAUUCAGUUUCUCUGUUGAAUAGAAUAAAAUCACAAAAUGAAAAAACAGCUGUUUAAGUGUGAGUCGACUGAAAAGUUUGUCUAUAUCAGCUUGUGUCUCUGCUGAUGCCAGGUUGAUUUAAUAAUGGCCUUCAAACAAUCUGCAUUGUUGGGUCUGGCGUUUCUCAUCUUCCUUUGUGCAAGUCUUUAUCAACUCUCUCUGGUCUUUAAAUUGGGUGAUUUUGCUGACCAAUCAGUUACACCACUGAACCAGCUUUUAGUGUAUUUACCAAUGUAGGUAGAUGUCCAUUCCUCCUGGAAAAUGAAAACAACAUAUCCAAAGCAUGAAGUGUUCUUAAAUUUGCUGGUUUGUUGGCUGCAUGUUGCUUAAGCAUCUUUUUCUCCCCCCAAAAAAAUAGUCAGAUCAACUUGGAUAUAAAGUGACCAUUAUAAAUAAAAAAUUUAAAACUUGAGCCUGCAGCCAUCUAAACUUUUUUCUUUUUUUUCUUUGAAAUUUUAGAUCUUCUCUUGAUCCCAGUCAUAACCAGAAUCUGACCAUUAAAUCAUCUUUUGUUGGUGUCUAAAAAUAAAAGAAAGCUUAAAGAGCAUUCAGAAAUGGUUUUGCUGGUUUAUUCGCACUCCAUGAUGAUUAUGCAUCUCAGAGUAGAAAUUAAAUAAACAAAGAAGCAAAUUUCAAGGUUUGUGUGAAUAUUUUGUGCAGUCUGUUUUAAGUUUAAAUUCGGUAAAUAAAGAACCUUCUU